CCCAUGUGUCUCCUCCCAGUCAAGACUGCUGGUUCAAGGGUGGGGCAGCACGGAUGGAGAUGCAGGAGAUCAAAGAGAUGGGUGUCUCUGAGCCUGUCUGAAAGAAACUUUUGGACUGUGAACUCAAGCACGAGGACAGAUCCAAGAUGGCCUCCCCGGCAGACAGUUGCAUCCAGUUCACUCGACAUGCCAGCGAUGUCCUCCUCAAUCUCAAUCGCCUUAGGAGCAGGGACAUCCUGACGGAUGUUGUGAUCAUCGUCAACCGGGAACAGUUCCGAGCCCACAAAACAGUCCUGAUGGCCUGCAGUGGCCUUUUCUACGGCAUUUUCACUGAUCAGCUAAAGUGCAAUUUGAAUGUCAUCAACUUGGAUCCUGAGAUCAACCCUGAAGGGUUCGGGAUCCUCCUUGACUUUAUGUACACCUCCCGCCUCAACUUGCGGGAAAGCAACAUCAUGGCCGUCAUGACCACUGCCCUUUACCUGCAGAUGGAACACGUUGUGGAUACCUGCCGAAGGCUUGUCAACUCCAGUGAAGCAGAGAUGGUGUCUGGUCUGAAGACUUCCCGGGAAGAAUUUUUGCCCAGCCGGAUGCUGAGCCAUCCAGACAUGAUGGCUUACAGGACCAGGGAAAUGUCAGACAAUAGUAUGCCUCUUCGGAACGGGCCAAUCUGUGAUGGGAGAGCCUUUGUCCCUGGUUUGUACAGUGGCCUGUCUGGGUCCCCCAUCUCCUACACUGGAUAUAACCCCAUGCCUGUCAACAGCUACCUCUUCUCCGAUGAAGAGCUACGGGAGGUGAGGAUGCCCCUGGCGGACAGUUUGAGAGGCAACCCUUUCCCAAGAGAACGAGGGCUACCGUGCGGCGGCUCCCGGACCGGCACCGUAGAAUACGCCAGAUCGGUCUCUGACGUCUCGCCCAGCACCUGCCACGCUGCUGUCUACUCUCCAAAAGAAGCUGCUGCCGAAGAAGUCAAAAGCGACGUGCGCUACGACGCCCCCGGCGCUGGCCCAAAGCCUGCCACCCCCUUGGCCCGGAACAACGCCUACUUCGCUUGCGACAAAGCGGGCAAGGAAGAAGAGAGGUCCUCCGCGGAAGAUGGGAUCGGUCAGCACUUCGAGCCGUCCAACGCGCCGAUGAACCGCAAGGUCCUCAUCAGCCCCCAGAGCCCCCAGAAAUCGGACUGCCAACCCAACUCGCCAACCGAGUCCAGCAGCAGCAAGAACGCCUGCAUCGGCCAGGGCUCCAGCUCUUUGUCAGCCAAGAGUCCUACUGACCCCAAAGCUUGCAACUGGAAGAAGUACAAGUUCAUUGUGCUCAACUCGCUCAACCAGAGUGCCAAGCAGGAAGGCCCUGAGCAGAGCGAGCCGGGGACACUCUCCCCACGGUCCUACGUGCCCUCCUUGGCUUGCCAACAGUCCAUAGAGCCUGAGAGUCUGGACGUGCAGUCGCCCACCAAAAUGAGCAUCAGUGGCGAAGACUCGACAAUCCCGCAAGCAAGCAGGCUGAAUAACAUUGUUAACAGGUCACUGGAUGGGUCUCCUCGGAGCAGUGAGGGCCAGUCCCCCUUGUACCUGCAUUCGUCUAAGUGUAGUUCUUGCAGUUCACAAUCGCCCCAGCAUUCUGAGUUGUGCCUUCACACCCCCGGCUCAAAUUUCGGCGAGGAAAUGGGGGAAACUCAAUCGGAAUACUCGGAUUCCAGUUGCGAAAACGGAACCUUUUUCUGCAAUGAGUGCCACUGCAGGUUUUCGGAAGAGGCUGCUCUCAAGCGACACUCGCUCCAAAUGCACAGCGACAAGCCCUACAAGUGUGACCGCUGCCAGGCCUCCUUCCGCUACAAGGGGAACCUAGCCAGCCAUAAAACCGUUCACACAGGCGAGAAACCUUAUCGCUGCAGUAUCUGCGGGGCACAGUUCAACCGGCCGGCCAACCUGAAGACGCACACGCGGAUCCACUCGGGAGAGAAGCCCUACAAAUGCGAGACCUGUGGAGCAAGAUUUGUUCAGGUGGCACACCUCCGAGCUCAUGUGCUAAUCCACACCGGCGAGAAACCCUAUCCAUGUGAAAUCUGUGGUACACGCUUCAGGCACUUGCAGACGCUCAAGAGUCACCUCCGGAUCCAUACCGGAGAGAAGCCCUACCAUUGUGAAAAGUGCAACCUGCACUUCCGGCACAAAAGCCAGCUGCGCCUACAUUUGCGUCAGAAGCAUGGGGCCAUCACUAACACCAAGGUGCAAUACCGGGUCUCAGCCGUCGAGGCCGCGCCGGAACUCUCCAAGGCUUGCUAAAGAUGGACGGGUUUUUACGGUGGUCGGAAGACGAAGAGGGUUAGAUGAGGUGGGAGCGAGGGGGGGAUGUCCAAAGGAAACUUGUAACACUUUAGAGAAAAACAACAACGAUUCUUUCUUUCUUUUUUGUCACACAAUGGAGUGCCUCUAGAAGCCCAGGGUGCAGGCAGGUAGAAAAGGAGGAGGAGGAGGAGGAGAAGACACGGGUUUUAUGUUUAUGUUUAUUUUAUUUUUGUUUCCCAAUUAUGUGAAUUUUAAAUAUAUAAAUAUAUAUAGUCAGAUCUAUUUGUGUGUGCGUGCGUGUGCGUGUGUGUGCGUGUAAGAGAGAGGCCGGCAAAAGACUUCUCUUUAAAAGUCUGUGCAGUGGAGUGGACCCUUCACAGCCAGAAGAUGAGGAAUGUAUAUCAUUUUACGGGAACAAAUUUUAUUUCUUUUUAUGCAAAAUUGUGUGUUUUUAACAAAAGAGAAAGAGAUUGUAUAUGUUAUAAGAAUGGAGAGGGCUUUAACUUUUUAACCAAAGGUGAAGGAAUCUAUGGCAGAGUUGUAAAUAUAUGAAUAUAUAUAUAUAUAUAUAUAUAUAAAUAAAAUAUAUAUAAAAUAUAAACCUUUAAAAAGAUGUUUAUACAUAUAUAUGUAUAUGUAUAUGUAUAAUACAUUAAAGUCUCGCGUUUAGUCUCUGCAGGCAGAUGACUGUUCAGAGAUUCUUUAUUGUGACAGAGCACUUAACAAGAUAUUUUAAAAGUAUUGCAUCUGUAUUAGUGAGAAAAUAUUUUGUCUAAGAGCAUUGAGUGUGUAUUUGUAUUUUUUUGCAAGUGAAGGUUUACAAUUUACAAAAAAAAAAAAAGUGUAUUAAAACCAACAAAGCUGCAGAAGGAAUUAAAAUAAUAUAAAGUGUAAUUUUGUUUUUUUGUGGGGGCGUUUUCCCCUGUCUGUAUAUAUGUAUAAUAUUUGUUUGGGGUUUUAUUUUUAGUUUUCUCACAGUGCCUUUUUUUUCAACUAAAUUAGAGCCCCGUUUGAGGUACGAUCUGAUGUUGCUAAGGAGGGUCAAUGCAGAUUCUUGAUGGAGAAUGUCAGGGUUUUUUGUCUGGUUUUUUUUCUUUUUUAAAAAUAAUAAUAAUAAUAAUAAUAAUAAUAAUAAUUUGGUCUCAUUUUAUACACUUGUGUUACAAUCAGUCAAUCUCGGGUGACAGGGUUUGGGCUGGAUCAAACUGCAUUAAUGCGUUCUGUAAAAUAUAGCUGUACAAAUUCAAAAAUAAAACAGCAGAAAGCAACUGUCA